AUGGACGAGUAUCUAGCCUACUCGCGACAUGUGGAAGUGCUCAACCACGGCAUAGAGCGGUACCAUCUUUUUGAUGCCGUUGGCGGCGUGCAUUCAUUUGCCGCUUACUUUUUAUUGGCGUGUAAGAUCCAAGAGUUGGACCUGGAAUCGGUGGCGAAAGCGACGGCGUCGCUCAAGAUGGACACGAAGGUCCUUGACGCGUUCGGCUGCUAG